AUGUCGCCGGCUGAUGCGGCGACCGGGGGUGCGGUUUCCGGGGAGGUGGAGAAGUUGACGGCAAAAACUCGCGAGCUGCAGUCAGCGCUGCUGUCUGAUCUGGGCGGGAACCGCUUCGAGUGCUUCCGCGCUCCGACCACGCUGACGGACGCCUACACGGAAGCUCAGGCGUUCCAGGCGGCUCUGGCGGACGAUCCCGAUGGUAAGAAGAAGCGCAGGAUGAUGGAGGAGGAGGCUGAGAGGACGAAGAAGUGGGCGAUGCCCCCGGGGGAGUCCCUCAUAGACGAGAACCACGCGCCUUUCCUCGCGUACAACGAGGAGUACUUUCGCCACAUCACCGCCGAAGACGUAGCUGCGUUCGUGCCGGAGGGGCCGACUAAGCUUGAGGACGACCCUGACUUUCGCAUACCCGCGCUGGGGAGGUACUACGUGCUUGAAUGGGAAGACGAAGACGCUCAGGAAGCCGAACGUCGUCGGCUCUACGAGGAAGAGCUGCGCAGGAACCCUCCCCCGCCGCCUCCGCCGGAGCCCAAGCCGAAGAAGAAGAGCCACAAGAAAAAAGCGACACGGCCGGAUGACAAGCUGCAGGUGCAGGUGGUGUCGCCCAUGGAGAACCCCGACGAAAAGGCAGAGUGCUGCCACGUGUGCUGGGACGGGGAAUCGUACGAAGAUAACCCCAUUCUUUUCUGCGAGACGUGCGACGUUGCGGUGCACAAGGGGUGCUACGGCAUCGUGCGGAUACCCACCGGCGACUGGAACUGCAAGGCUUGCGUCUUCAAGAAGAAGAAUCCGUCCAAGCGGGCGCCGCAGUGCUGCCUGUGCCCGACGCCCGGUGGGGCGCUGAAACCCACGGGAAACGGCAAAUGGUGCCAUCUCUUCUGUUCGCAGUGGAUGCCUGAGACGUUCAUAGACGACAUCAAGACGAUGGAGCCAGUGAUGGGCAUCGGCGACAUCGACAAGGAACGGAACGCGCUCACGUGCUCGGUUUGCAAGAAGCGCGGCUGCGGACCUUGCAUCCAGUGCGUUUUCGGUCACUGCGCCGUCGCGUACCAUCCCAUAUGCGCGUUUAACGCCGGCGAUCACACGAUGCAGAUUAAGACGAGGAUCGGGGAGGAGGGUUGCCAGUAUUUGAGCUACUGCGUGAAGCACUCGAAGGUUAUCGGGGCAAGCGCCUCUGGAAAGAAGCGCGAGGAGGACUCUGUUGAGGAAGAUGGGGACGAUGGGGAAACGUCGGAGAGGGAGACCGAAAUAACCGACAGCGACGUCGAUAUUUCCGAGUCCGUGUCCAUGUCGAAGAAACGAGGGCGUGGGAGGCCGACGAAGGCUGAGUUGGAGGCGCGCAAGCGAGCCUCCGUUGGGACGCCGGCGGCAACUGGCCGGUCCACCCGAGGCAAGCCGAGCCCCCCCCUGGAAUUCAGCAGGACGUUCACGAAAGUGACCGAACGUGACCAGGCCCUCGAGGAUGCAGAUCAUGACGAGGAGGGUGCAGAGAAAGAAAACGCAAACGCGGCGGGGAUUGCAUCGAUCGACGCGAUGGAGAGGGCGAAGGAGAGGGAACGAGAGAGGGAGAAGCAGCUUCACGAAGUUGCGGACGCGGAGAUAAAGUCGCUGCUGAUGAACGACGUGACUCUAUCGAAGCGAACCAUCGCGGAAGUGGCUAAAAGCGCGGGCGUGGUAGGAGGUACUCGUGUGCUCGAGGCUUGGAUUGCAUCCGAUGCGAAGGAGUCCGCCACAGAGCAUCAGCCGGUCGUGCAGGCGAUUCGGGCAUGGCUCAGGAAAGAGUCGCUCCAGGCAAUGUCGCCCAAGAAACCCAUCGCGGACGGCGGCGAAGAUGGGCAAUCAAACGGUGCGGUGCUCAUGGACGUCGAAGAGGGUGCAGGGGCGGUUGGUCUCGGUCGAUCGGCCCUGAUGGGUGUGACGAAGGAGGGUGAGGAGGGUGUCAAGGCUGAGGAUGACCCGGCGAUGGCGUUGGUUGGGCACCCGGAUGGUCCAGAGCAUGAUCCCCCAGUCGACAUCCAACACCUCUCUGAGCACACGAUUCAGGUGCUGGCGAUGCCACCUCCCGGGAUGCCGGAGGAACCCGAGUCCGCCAGGCAGGAUGACGACACCUCCAAAACCGAGAAGAAACCCGGUCCCGGUCGCCCGCCGAAAUGCCCCGUCUGUGUUGUACACAAGAAGGGCAUCUGCGGCACCGUGUCUGCGCCUCUCAAGUGUCACCGCCGAAAUAAGCAGGCCGCCGCUCAGGUCACCCCCGACUCUCCCAGCGCGACUUGGGAAGAAGGCGAGGAGCCGGAUUCGAUGGAGGAGGAGCUCGCCAAGCUGGAUCGCGCCACCGACCUCCUCGGCCUCGCGCCGGAUGACGAGGUGGUUGGCGAGCUGCUUCAGGCCCAGGCUGCGCUCGCGCGAACUCUCUGGAUCACGCGGACGCUCGCCGCCAAAGCCCUGACGAAUGCGAAAGCCGCAGCUGCAGACGAGGCUGCGGAUCGCCAGGAAAAGAUAGAAUGGGUGGAAGAGACGGAGAAGUACGAGGAGCGAUGGCGCGGUGGGAGGUGGAGGGAGGAGUACCUUCGGAAGCGGGGCUUGCCCUCGGCGGAUUUGCAAGGUGCCUUUGGGGCCAUGAGCGGCACGAUCAGCCCGGGCGGAACUACGCAACUAUCUCCCGGCGGGACGCGUCACCAGCUGGCGGAGCUGGUCGAUCCGCUCGUCGAGACGGGCGCGAUGGAGGAUGCCCUCUGUGCGGUGUGCGGCGGAGGCGAUUCGGAGGAACCCAACGAGAUCAUCUUUUGCGAGCGGUGCGAGGUUGCCGUUCACCAGGACUGCUACGGAGUCGACGAGGUCCCGGAGGACGACUGGCUGUGCUGGCCGUGUCACGUGGCUGAGGAGAACGAGAAGGCGAGGGGCAUGCCGCCCAGUCGCCCGCCCCGCUGGCUCCGAGAGGCUGGCGACGGCUCCCUGUACGAUCCGAGGCCGGCGUGUGUGCUGUGCCCGGUGAAGCGCGGCGCGCUGCGGGCGGUCAUCGAGCCCGCGCCUCCGCCAAAGCACUCGGCUCCGCGAUCUACCGCCGCUACCGUAUCAGCCGCUGCGGCACCGGCGACUCCGUCGAAGGAUGGCGGCUACGGGGACUCCACGCUCGUCGACGGACCGGCUGCGGCGGGUGGGGACGCGGAACCGACGAGGCAAACCGCGGUGAACAUCGAGGCCCGCACGGAAUCGGGGGCUGCCGACGAGGAAAACUGCAACAAGAUUCUUCCAAACUCUCCCGCGGCGGUACGUCGAGCGGCGUUGGUGGGCUACGACGUUCACCCCGGAAAGGAUCCGCACACCGUCUGCCCCCCGGUUGGUGCCCCGGUCAAGAAGGAAAGCGACGAGGGCGCGGUGCGGUGGGCGCACGUGGUUUGCGCGCAGUGUGUGCCAGGGAUCGACUUCGCGUCCGCUCCCGAACCUGGUGUAGCGUCUGCCGUGGUACGGGGUCUGGAUAGGGUGCCUCGAUCAGCCUUUGAGGCUGAUUGCAUCGUCUGUCGCAGGUCCGAAGGUGCCGUCGUGCAGUGCACCGCCCCCGGAUGCACCCUCAACUUCCACCCGCUGUGCGCGCGACGCAAUGGCUGGCUCCUAUCCGAGGCGGAGUUCCAGAACAGCAAGCGCCACGCGUUCUGCGGUCGUCACUCCAUGGCCGAGCGGCGCCGUCUUGAGGCUGGUGGGGAUCCACGCGCGGUGGGCGGAGGCGGUCGGGGCCGCGGGCGCCCGCCCCUCUCCGGUCGUGGCGGUCGCGGCGGUCGCGGGCCCAAGGCUGGAGGUUCCAAGCGCAGACCACCUCCCACGCGCGAUGAGAUGGAGCUGCUCAAGCGUUCUCGUUACGGACUCGAAAAGCUCAGAAUCUUGUGCGAGAGGGUGCUCCGCCGCGAGAAGCUCAAGCGUUCGGAGCUCGAGCUCCAAACAGAGCUCUGGUCUAUGCAAAUGGCUGGCCUGGACGACGGCGGAGGCGCGACAACGGAGAUAAGUCCACCGCCCUCUCCCAGCCGCUUGCGAGCGUGGAUGACCCCCAGGAUGGCAGAUUCGUUGAACGCGACACUACCCUUGGGGUAUGCGUAUCAACCGGAGUCGCCUUGA